GACCCAAAUUUUGAGGUUAUCUUUUUGUUGAGCAAUAGACUUCCCACUUAUUAAAUUAAGUCAAUUAAAUUAAACUAAGUCAUUGUUUCCAAGUUACCUCGAUUGUUACCAGGCAAUAACUGUUAUUCAAAAAUGAAGUUAGAUCAAUAACUCACUGCCUUUAAAGCCCACCUAAUUAUAAAUUAUCAGUAUUAAACCAAAGUUAGCGCUAGUAUCUUGAAACGUUUCGAGGUUUGAAAACUUUCGGAAUGGAAGUGGAAAAAGUAUUCAACGACUGUGUUCACGGUCAUAUAAGGCUGCACCCCCUCUGUGCCAAGGUGAUUGACACACCGCAAUUCCAGAGGCUGAGGAAUAUCAAACAGCUGGGCUUCGGCUACUAUGUAUACCCGGGGGCGGGGCAUAACCGGUUCGAGCACUCCUUAGGAGUGUGCCACCUUGCCGGCCUAAUGUUGGAGGCAGUAGUGGCCAACACCCAGGCGGCACACAAAUGGGGGAUGAGUGACGUCACAGCCUGCUACAGUAGUGACGUCACAGUGACAGCCGAGGACAAGUUGUGUGUGCAGUUGGCAGGCCUGUGUCACGACCUGGGUCACGGCCCGUUCAGUCACACGUGGGAGCAGACGGUCGUCUCAUGCGGUCGCAAAUGGCAGCACGAAACGGCUUCGACAGAGAUGUUCGAUCACCUGAUUGAAGACAACAAUUUGAUCGGAGAAUUCGAUCGCUACGGCAUCGAUGAUACAGGGAGGAAACUCAUCAAAGAGCUGAUCAUGGGCGAAGGACACAUCCUGCCUGACAGCAAACGAUUUCUCUAUCAGAUAGUUGCCAACAAAGAAAACGACAUCGAUGUUGAUAAAUGGGACUACUUUUUGAGAGACGGUCUCCAGUUGAACAUCCUCAUUACAUUCGACUAUCGACGGCUUCUCGAAUUCUGUCUGCUAAUCGACGUUCCAGACGGAGAAGAAGAAGAUGAGGAGAAGGAGGGUGGGAAGAAGAAGACGAAGAGAGUGAUAGCCUUCAAAGACAAGGAGAAGUAUAGUGUGCUGGAUAUAUUCAGAGUGAGAGCCGACCUGCACCUGAGGGCCUACCAGCACCCAGUUGUCAAGAACAUUGAUCUCAUGUGGAAGGAUGCCAUAAUACUAGCGAACGAGGUCUACAAAAUCCCUACAGACAACGGUGAAGAGUUGAAUUUGCUAGACGCGCACACAGAUAUCAAAACGUUCGCCAAGCUGACUGAUCACAUUUUCUACGACAUCUACAACAGUAUGGAUCCCAAGCUGGCUCCAGCUCAGGCAAUUCUCAAGCGGAUUCUCAAACGUCAGCUCUAUACCUAUAUAGGGUCGUACAAAGUGCUAAAGAGACCUGACGAACCGUUGGCUGCUGUGAAACGCCGAGCCGACUCAAUUUUAACGGCGGUUAACUCUGACCUGCGCUGUUGCCUGGUUAAGAUUGACUUCGGUCACCACACCAAUCCGCUCUCCAAGGUGGUGCUCUACGAUGGCAAGCAUAGGCGUAAGCCACACGAGGCGCCGCUGCUGUAUGGCGCCGACGACUUUCCUAUCAAACUGUCGUUGCCGCCUGUUAAGCUGAACGUCUACUCGACCAAAUCCCAGCUGACUGAUGAGGAGAUUUCCACACUCAACAAUGCGAUAAAGUCGGCCAUUGGAUUCCAUCCUGAGAUGAACGGACAGUCGCCGAGCUCACAAACUGGGAUUAUCCACUAAAUCGUCGGUUAAACCUGGGUUUAUCCACUAAAUCGUCGGUUAAACCGGGGUUUAUAUGUUGAAUCGUCGGUUAAACCAGAGGUUAUCUACUAAACUGUUGAACUUUAUCUACUAAAUCGUCCGGUUUAACGGGGAAUAUCAGCUGAAUCGUUGGUUAAACCGGGGUUUAUCUGCUGAAACGUUGGUUGAACUAAUGGUUAUCUACUAAACUGUAUAUUAAACUGGAGUCUCUCUACUAAAUUGUCGUGUUUAACGGGGACUAUCUGUGGAUUCCUCGAUUAAACCGGGGUUUAUCUGCUGAAACGUUGGUUGAACUAAUGAUUAUCUACCAAACUGUCUGUUAAACUGGAGUCUCUCUACUAAAUCGUCGUGUUUAACGGGGACUAUCUGCGGAUUCCUCGGUUAAACCAGGGUUUAUCUGUUGAAUCGUUGGUUGAACUAAUGGUUAUGUACUUAACUGUCUGUUAAACUGGAGUCUUUCUACUAAAUCGUCCGGUUUAACGGGGACUAUCUACAGAAACGUUGGUUGAACUAAUGGUUAUCUACUAAACUGUAUAUUAAACUGGAGUCUCUCUACUAAAUCGUCGUGUUUAACGGGGACUAUCUGCGGAUUCCUCGGUUAA